AGAGUGAUCGUCGAUUGACAGGGGAGCAUUAUUCAGUGGCAAAUUAAUCCAAAUUGAUGCAACUGCAAUUGUGCGCGGCCAGCUGAAAUGCAGCCAAAUAGAUGAAAUAAUUAAGGCGGCGCGCAAUUUCAGCGCUGCUGGCAAAAGAGUUUAUAAAAAUGCUGGCAACCUGCGCGCCGGCGCAGUGGCUAAAUAGACGCGAAGAAAGCAGUACUGGCGGCGGACUGGAGGUUACGACGCGCGUUGCGAUUUCAACUGGGGUUUUCAAAGCGGUUAAGUGUCCAGUAACCAGCGUAACGGCUUUGCUAAACGGGAAAAACAAAAGUGACCAGUGGGUGAACGAGUGGCAGGAGGCGAGCGUCGCGGAAGUGCAAGUGGACGCAAGGAAGUCAGGAAGUCGAAGUCCAGCUGUCGAAAGGAAAGCAGUUUUCACUGUCAAGGAAGCAGUGGCCAGAACGAAACAAGCAGCACAAUACUUCCAGGAAGCAGGAUAGAAAGCAGUUCAGGGAAUUUCAGUGUUACCUCUGAAUCAAGGCAUUAGGACAGAACUUAUAAACGAAGUAAAUCGGAAUAAAAAUAUAAACAAUUAAAUAUAUACUUACAUACAAACAUAGGGAAGUAAGCACAAAAAGCUGUUAAGACAAACUGACCAGACACGCGAGAAAUUCUUGCGAAAUAUAUAAAUCUUCAUACCAAUAACUCUUUUAAGCCGAGUAUUCAGGUAAAGAUACGAUAUUAAUAUCAAUUAAUUCGACUAGUGGUAUAUUGAAGUGGUUAGGCAGCAACUGAAGUUGAUAAAUCUUUGAAAAAGUUGAGCAAAAUAGUUGUCAAAACAACUAAGAAAGCAAAGCUCCAGGAAGUUGAUCCCCAAGAAACCAAGAACAUAGUUUAGAAUUCGUAUAAAAGCCUAACGGCGCCGGAAGUAAGCAGUUUUAGAAUACCCGCAUUCAGCUAAACAGGAAACCAUGCAAAGGAAACACAGUUAGCAGUGAAAGCAGUCGAAUCAACAUAAGUGCCAGCAAUUGCACUCGCAAUUAAAAAUUAAAUGCGUGCGCGAACAAAGCGACCAAGCCAAUGUCCAAACAAUCUGUGCAUACAAGUGCCACGCUGCUGCUGCUCAUUUGGCUGACAUGGCUAACGAUGCACUGCAUCGCGCUGGACUGGCAGCAGGUUAAGCCGAUGUACCUGGUGUCCAUGUACCCCGGUCCCGACGGUCUCUCCUCUUCCUCAUCCUCCCCUUUUACCUCCUCCGCAUCCUCAUCCGGUUCCCAGGAGCACGAUGCGGAAAUGAGUGCCAGCAACGUGGACAAUCGGCAUAUGAAGGGGUUGGGAAUGGGCAGGGGGUUGGGCUCAUUCAGCGAAGAGGACGAUCGGGAGCCACUGGUUCUUAAUCUGGAAACCACGCCGCUGAUGGAGAAGAUGCUGCCCGAGGGCGCGAUGGCCAUGGAUCGCAUCUUUGGCGGUGAUGUGGGCAAUCCCCACUGUUUUCCCUACCAGGUGGGAAUGCUGCUUCAAAGACCCAAGGGUCUGUACUGGUGUGGUGGAUCACUGAUCUCUGAUAAGCAUGUCAUCACCGCUGCCCACUGUGUCGACAUGGCAAAGAGGGCACUGGUUUUCCUGGGCGCCAAUGAGAUCAAGAACGCCAAGGAGAAGGGCCAGGUUCGACUGAUGGUGCCUAGCGAAAACUUCCAGAUCUACCCCACCUGGAAUCCAAAGAGAUUGAAGGAUGACAUUGCGCUGGUCAGACUGCCUCAUGCCGUCAGCUUUAAUGAGCGCAUCCAUCCCAUUCAAUUGCCGAAGAGGCACUACGAGUAUCGCAGUUUCAAGAACAAGCUGGCCAUCGCAUCCGGCUGGGGUCGCUAUGCCACCGGAGUCCAUGCGAUCAGCAAUGUGCUGCGCUAUGUCCAGCUGCAGAUCAUCGAUGGACGGACAUGCAAGUCCAACUUUCCGCUCUCCUAUCGAGGUACAAAUAUAUGCACCAGUGGACGGAAUGCCCGUUCCACGUGCAACGGGGAUUCGGGAGGACCUUUGGUUCUCCAAAGGCGGCACUCGAAGAAGAGAGUCCUGGUGGGCAUUACAUCGUUUGGCAGCAUAUACGGCUGCGAUCGCGGCUAUCCGGCGGCCUUCACCAAAGUGGCCUCAUAUUUGGAUUGGAUUAGCGAUGAGACUGGUGUAAGUUCCCACCAGGAUACCACGGAGGCAAUAUUCUUCGAUCAGUAUGUACGAGAGUAUGGCAAACCACGACAAAGUCGACGCUUGGAAACGGAAGAGCAGUUGGAGGACGAUGUGCCCGACGAACUAGAUGUGCAUCCGAGACCUGUUUCCGAUGAGGACAUCUCCGAGAAUGUCAGACCACGAACACGGUCACGCCCACACUCCGAACACGAGUUUUAUUUCUUGUAACCCAAAAAUAAAAGUUUAUUUUAAGAUCAAAA